AUGGAGAAACGGUUUGAUACACGACGAGCAGAAGUUGCAUCUAGGUCACAUGAGUUGAUUGAGCAGGUGGCAUCAAAGUUGCAAGUGGCUAUUGAAGUGGGUCGACAAUUGCUUGUUCGAGGGACGACGACACAUAUGUUUAGUGUUGAAGAUGAUCAUGCAUUCUGCAUUGUUGAUCUUGAAAAUCGAACUUGUGAUUGUGCUCAGUUCGAUCUGGACGAGAUUCUAUGUCGUCAUGCAUGUGCCGUUAUUAGGCGUGCAGGUUUACAAGUCACUGACUUUGAAGGUAAAUAUUUCAAACAGCCCAUAUUGUUGGCCACUUACAUGCCUCCUAUUGUGUCCGUGCCGCAUCCUAUGUAUUGGAAUGUGCCAGAUGAGAUAUCUGCAUAUGUUGUGACGGCCCCGAAUAUCACACGUCACACAAUUCCCAUAUCCUACAAGCUAUAA